AUGGCACAUUCAUUUGCAUCCGCCGCUGCGGGCAGCCACUCCUCCCAAAACCCAUCGCGAGAUGCCACGUCAGACUGGUCGCGUAGGACGAAUGGCGCGACACAGACCUUCCGUCGACCGUCAGGCGCCACCACCGCUACCCCCGGCCCUCAGCACAACGACCCCUCCGCCGCUUCGCUACCACCACGAUAUGUCCCGCCACAUCGCAACGGCGUGCAACCGGAGCACUCUCGCUAUAACAAAGACCAAUUACUGGACGUCUACAAAUCACAGCAGGGCGCGAAUGGGGCACUGAAUGAAGGAUUGUCCGGCACAUUCGUUGGAGCAUGGCAGCCAGACACUGCGAACGGCAACUCCGCAGGCUGGGGCAGGACCGAACACAGUCGCGACAAUCAACCAGGUCCGGAUAUCUGCUGGGACAAAGAGGGCAAUAACGAGCCACUUGGCCUGGUAGAACUGGACGACGAGGAAAGAGAGACUUUUGCAUCGUCAGUCAACGGCCCGAUCUCCACCACGAACAAAGGUGGUCAGCAGACCAACGGGGCCUCUGGGCGCAAGAUCUCCAUUUCUAACGCAGCUGGCACUCCCGGUGUUUACGGACUGCCUUCGCCCAGUGUUGCGCGUGGCGGCGGUCGUCGCCGAGAGGCGAGCGAGUCAUAUCCAUUUCCUCCGAACAAUGUAUCAUCACCUGGAGGCUACAACUGGGAGGACCAGCGCGCUGCUUCGCCACCUGCAGCACUACUGCGCAGGAGGACCGAUUUGAAUCUUAACAAACAAGACGACAAAGAGGGCGACGAAAAGAGUGCGUCUACGCCGCAUGGUACGCUGAAGCGCAAUCCGACAGGACCUUUAUCUGCUGGAUUUAAUGCUCCAUCUUCCCCUUGGUCCACAGGUCCGCAGAGUGCUGGAAUAACUCCUAUGGGUUCAUUUGGAAACUUUGGCUUGGGAAGCAGUGGAAGUCAACAGGCUGUUGCAGGCGACAAACGUACAGGUCUUGGCUCUGGUAGAGUGGAAAGCAGAUUCAAGAACUUACUGAGUAAGGACAGCAGCGAGGACAUUGGACAGAGACCUCUGGAGAGGAAGACUAGUAUGUCAAGUCUUGCGAGGGUCAACGAGAACGAGACCUGGCGUGGUCAAGAGCGGAACGAGCAGCGCAACGAGAUCUUGGACGAAGUCGAUGAGGAUAUGCCAACGGGAAGUGCAGCACUGGCUGCCGAUGCCGAUGUCAGUCCACCGCACCCACGACAAGGAUUCCGCGGCUUCGGGACGCCAAGCCGUCAAGGCACUCAGGACGAAUUAGGAUUCGGCGCCUUUGGCAUGACAACCGAUAACACUCAUGGGUUUGGUCAAGGACAUUUGCCUGGCAGAGAAGGAUUUCAGCAAACGCCAGCCCAACAACGUCUCAGUCAGCAAGUGGGCGGCAAUGAGCCUAUGAGUCCGACCGAUACGAAUCCAUAUCAAUCACCCGAGCAGCACGGCGUCGACCGCAUGACCGAAAACAAUGGCGACGAAGGGCAAGAUGCGCCCAACACUCAACUACCUGGACUGGGCCAGUUUGGUGGUGAUCAUCACCAGCAGCUUGGGCUGAAUGGGCUUGGCGCGUUGCCGAACUUGGGACGUGCAUUGGGCGCACAAGGCCCGGCUAGUGACAGAAGCCAAACCUCCAGCGUGGGCCCCAAUCGAGGGUUCCCUGGCCUUGGUGGACUUGGUCAGUUGGGCAAUCUAUCCGGUGCUGCGGCAUGGCCAGUGACCCAAGGAGGUUCAGGCACUCCGAACAGACAGACUGCUGGCAUUUCCAACUCGUUCGGUGGCUCCAUGUUCUCAAAUCAGAUGAACGACUUGAACUCGCCAAGUCUGUCUGGCUUAGGUGGUCCGUAUGGCGGUAGUCGGAUGGCCAGCAUGUUUCCUCAAGCGAUGCACGAUCAAAUGCGCCUUGGCGACAACGAUGGAAACAGCGAGCGUGGCGGCCAGACAUUUGGUGGGUUUGGUGAUAUGGGACGUUCUGUCGAAAGUCACUUUGCAAAUCCAGGCUUUAGCCAGGGUCAGGAAGGUGGUGAAGGCCAAUUCGGAGCUCCUGGGCAACAUUCCCAGCAACCAAUCGGCCAGCCACAAGAUCACUCGCAAGCCCCGUCACAUGCACAGAACCAGCUUCCAGGUAGUUCUGCCUCGAAUCAACCACCAGCACCUCAACAGCGUACGAUGGUCAUGCCGGAUAGAAUGCGGUGGAUCUACCGUGACCCUCAAGGACAGACUCAAGGGCCAUGGACCGGCCUUGAGAUGCACGACUGGUACAAAGCUGGGUUCUUCUCGCCUGAACUCUUGGUCAAGAAGUACGAAGAUCCUGAUUACGAGCCACUGGCUCAGCUGAUUCGCCGAAUCGGCAACUCUCGCGAGCCCUUCUUGGUCCCUCAGAUAGGCAUCCCACACGGUCCUGCCACCAAUGCGCCUACUGCUUGGGCUGGCGCUGGUCCCGUGCCUGCUGCUGCCUCUGCAGGAGCGCCGGCGCCUACUCCAGCUGGAGCUCAACCACCCUUCGCGUCUAGCUUCCCAAGCUUCGGAACGACCUUGACCGCAGAGCAACAGAAUGCCCUCGAGCGCAGGAAGCAGGAGGAGCAGUACCUGAUGGCUAGACAGAAGGAGCAUCUUGCGCAAGCUCAAAUUCAACAGCGCAUACAGAUGCAAGGCGGACAUCCUGGCAUGGGCUCCAACCAACUGCACCACCACAGCAGCGCUCACAGUCUGCAGUCUCAGCCCAGCUUCGGUAGUAUUACCAGCCCAACUGCAUACCAGCCAAGCCCCAGCCAGGGACCGAUUGGCGCUGCACCUUCUGGACAUGCUCAAGGGUUCUUCGACAACUCUUUCAGAUCGCCAGCAGCCGGUGGACUAGGUGCUGUUGGUGCCGGUGUCGAGUCGCUUGGUCGCAUUCGUGAAGAGGACAUUCCAGGUAUCAUGGAUCGACUGAACAUCAACGAGAAUCGUGCAGCACCGAGCCAAUUCGGUGCACCUGGACAGCCAUACAAUGGACAGCAGCAGACGCAACAAACUCCGCAAGAGGCUCACGAAAAGCAGGUCCAGCAGAUGCUGCAGGAUCGCGCCCGUUUACAGCAAGAACAAGCACUGCAUGAUCAGCAGCAGGCUGACGAGCCUCAGCCAGCCGGCAAUGAACGUUUGCAACAGUUCCAGCAGCUUCAGGGCGAUGUUCAAGGCACCGACAGAUUCCCGCCAGCUCAACAGAAGCCUGCAAGCACCAUGGCUCAGCAAGUCCAGACUCAGGAUUCUUCUGCCGCACAAAGCAGCAUGGGAUCUCCAAUCGCGCCAGCUCAAGAGUCUGCCCAGCAACCAAAGGAACCUCAAUCCCUGACUGAGCAGGUCCAGAAGGCGGUCUCUGCCAAGCAGUCUCCUGCCCCACAACAGCCUGGUCUGCCUCAGCCAUUUCCACCAGCGCCACCGCAGUCUCCGCUGCCAGCACCUGCUGCACAACGUGCUGGGCGCCAAAGUGUUGCGGAUCAGCUCCAGACUGAGUCUCGAGAUCGCUCGCAGACUCCUUCAGUCGAUACGCCGAGCGUUGCCAUUGCGCCUUGGGCAAAGGAGCCGACAGAAGCACAGAAGGGUCCUUCUUUGCGGGAGAUACAAGAGGCCGAGGCGAAGCAGGCAGCUGAGGUCGAAGCACUCGCCGCAGCUGCAAGGAAGGCGCAAUUCGAGCGUGAGAUGGAAGCGCAGGCCCAAGCUGCCGCUGCCAGUCUGCCCGGCAUUCCGACAAGCUCUACAUGGGGAGCUGGUUCCCCUGCGACGCCAACCGGCGCUGUACCGGCUGCAUGGGCCAAGACUUCUCAGAAGCCAUCUGGACCUGCAGCAUCAAAGACACUGGCUCAGAUUCAAAAGGAAGAAGAGUCACGCAAGCGUCGACAGGCUGCCGCUGCGGCCGCUGCUCAAUCACAAGCCGCCGCCAUCAGUGGCGCCUCUGUGCUACCAGUUGGCAAGAGUUAUGCCGGCCUAGCUGGCAAAGUACCUGCUCCAGCACCUAUCAACACAAGCACCGGCGCAUGGACUACAGUGGGCGCUAGCGGCAAGACCAAGACUCCUGCGCCCGUCUGUGCAUCGACCCCCGUACGCACUACCAGCGCCGCUCUCGCGCCUCCACAACAAGCUCCAGCAAUUACCAGAAAGACCUCAGCCAGAGGCGCGGCGGCCGCGACUCAGGUGAACGCUCAAGAUGAGUUCCGAAAGUGGGCUGUCAACCGUCUUCGCGGCGACUUAAAGGGAGUGAGCCCUGAAGACUUUGUCGCUCAGAUGCUUGUGUUACCUCUCGAGAUGGAGCUCAUCACUGAAGCUGUACACCACUGCUCCAACACUAUUGACUCGCGUCACUUUGCAGAAGAGUUCAUCCGCCGCAAGCGCCUCGCGGACAAGGGUCUUGUGGAAGCAGUGAAGAGUGCGUCGCCUGCUGCGGGUGAUAAGGCCGGUGGAUGGAAUGAGGUUGCGAAGAAGGGUCCUGCGAAGGAAGCUGCGAAAGAGGAUACCGCUAAUGGUAACUUCAGGGUUGUUGCUGCUAAGAAGAAGGGUGGCAAGAAGUAG